ACAAGAGUGCUCGGUAUUAUCGACCUGUAUGCCAUCUGAUUGCUGCUGUCGUUUAAGUUCGCUCAUACACGUUGAUGUUUUAGGCUUUAUAAACUAAUGGUAUAAUAAUCGUUUUUUGUUGUUGAGUGCUAAUUUUAUAUAGUUUUUUUCAUGCACUUAAAAAAUAUGUCUAUACUUUGCUUUUUAGUUGAGUUUACAAAUGUGUAUAAAUAAACGGAUUCAAGUUAACCCAAAUAAAUUUUCUGUGAAAUGAUGGGUACUUGGUAAAAAUGAUUUGAGUGAAGAUAGAUCUGUGAUUGGUUUAAUCCGUUCGCGAACAAGAUUGACUAUCGUUGAUGCGUGACUGUGGAAUCAACGACGACGACGACGUCGACGAUGAAACAAAAGAAAAAGAAAGAUACAGAACCAAAUCAAAGUGUAUCAGAUGAUGGUCAUCAACAAACAUUACAGUUUAAUGGUAGCAGUGAAGCAAAGCCAAAAAAGUCAGCUUUAAAACGAACGGGGACUAGUCGUAAAGCAUCUGGAUCAAAAAACAAAAGACGCGUACAGUUUAACGAAAGUAAAAAUACAUUUUUUGAGUCAGAUUACGUAAUUGUAAUCCGAGACGAUGAUUGUGAUUUUGAUGAAGAAGACUUUGACUUUUGGUCACAGCAACCGUGUAGUUGUGGUGACUCGACGUGUUUUCAACCCUGGGUUGACGAUCAAAACACUCGUAGAUUACUAUUCGAUCCGUAUGAAGAGCAACCAGCUACAUUAAGCCCUCCUGAUGGUUACAAAGAUGGUUGUCCUAGACACGUGCCCUCAUCAUACGACCAUCACAUAUGUGAUGACGAGUUAACAGCGACGUACAACUCCGAUGUGGUGAAUCAUUGUUACAAUUCACAUUCUAAUCCUUCAUGUUAUACAAUGGGUACUAUUCCGUCAUCUUACUCAACUGAAGAUACAAAAAGUCGGCCUGAAUUAACGUCGAUAACUUUAUCCAAAGAAGAGACGUUACAGCCGAUAGUGACAACGGCUAGUGCUCAAUCAAAAACUACUUCUGAUACAAGCUCGAAUACAACUCAACCAAGGUGCAUAGUAGAAACAAUUACUAUGACUACGGUAACGGAAAGACAAAUUGUUCAAGAAACUAGAAAUUCAUCUAAAGACAGUGAUCAUGACACAUGUAGUGAACCAACUAAAACAACAACUUUAAUGACAUCGACAAAAUCAGAAGAGAAUGAACAAUCAAAUGUGACUGCAGUAAAUUCUACUUUGCCUCCAGAUGAAGGAUAUGUGAUAAUUAGAUGUGGCAACAAUACUAUGAUAUACAAUAAUCAAAAUCCUAAUUCAGCUGUUCGUCAACUGUUUCCAAGUACCAAAUUUGUGUGCCCACCGACGCGCAUCAGAGACACCGACGAUGCGCGGUUAUUGAACAAAUACUUAAUAACUGAAGAUUCGUUAAGAGCUUUUGAUAGUCGUUCGUUAAAUGGAUAUAAGGAAUCUCAAAGUGAUGAUGACGAUGACACCGGUACUUCAAGUAACCUUAUCCGACGAACUAUUGAACGUAGCACGCUGCGGCGAAAUAUGUCUGGAAAAAAGAAAAACUAUAGUGACAGUAAAGAAAUAUCUCUUAUUGAAAAGAUUCGAAGAUUAACUUGCGAGAGUGAUGAUGAUCAAGAAGAUUUAACUAAAAAAAUAGAUCAACACCAAGAUUCGCCGUACACAACAGUUCUAAUUCAAUGCGAGUCGGCAUCUGCAACUACACAUAUGCCUAUAUACACUAAAUUGUCAGAAGUGAUAGGUAAUAGUAGUGAAUCUAAACAACAUGAUUUAAAUCAACAAGAAAAACAAAAACAGCAACAACCAUCUUAUAAAACAGAUUCCCUGGAUUUAUGUGAUGGGCAUGUAACUGCAAGUGGGAAACAACCACCACCGCCACCACCUGUACGAUCGAAUUCGUCUAGCAAACCUUUUUUGACCUCUUUAGCUACAGCAUGCGUUAGUGGCAAUGUACAAAACCCUUCACAAGCUAACAUUCAAGAGCCAUUACCUCAGCACCAGUCAUCCUGUCCUCCUCAGCCAGAUGUCGUAGUUGGUACACAACAUCAGCCAUCAAUCUCUGGCCAAAGACAUGAAGAAUCUGUCCAACUCGUUCAACAGGAUACUAGCCGGUUAGAUAAAAUACGGAAGAGGUAUCUACCAUCUAGCGGAACAUCAUCCGGUACAGCAUCGGCCGCUGAAGAUGAAGAUGAUGAGAACGAUGAUUAUGGAUUUAAUAGAAGACCUGAAGUACACGGUAUUAGGCCAGGAUUCUCAGCUCAAAUAAUGAUAAAAAAUCAACCACCACAGCAGCGUCCAGGUAUAAGGCCUAUUUACUAUUCCAAUAUUGAUAGUGCACCUGAUUUUGUUCCUAGAGGAUAUUCACCCAUUCAGCCAUUAACUGUAGUUAGGACACGGGCACAAGGAGAACGACCUCCACCACCAUCAUAUCCUGCAGCUACAGCUCAACGAUCAAUAAUAAGAGUAACUCACGGUCAACAUCAAACUAUCAGAGUUCCAUACCAAGCAGUUGGGCCUGUACAAGUCCAUCUAUUAACUACGGCUGCUGCGGCAGCAGCAGCCGCGGCCGCGGGUCAUCCUGUUAUUCGGCCUCCAAAUGAAUACAUUGUUCAUCAACAUGGCCAUGCGCGUAUUCAACAUGGUCAGCAGUUUGUCAUUGCUAGAGGAACUCAGACAGCAGCAAUAUCCACAACUCGUUAUUAUCAGUUACCUCCACCACCACCAUCAUCCAUGCAACAAUCGUCAACUGCAAUUCAAGAUCAUCAACACCAUCAUCAUAAUCAACAACAGCAGCCAAUGCUCAAACAGACUUCGCCGACUCGAAAUAAGCAUGCUACGCAAGACUUUGUUGAUCAUAAUAACAUGUCUUCUGUUAAUCAAACACCACCACCUCCACCCACUAAAAACCCUGUGAUGUUUUACGGUAUGAAUGUGUAAGUAUACAUAGCAAAAGUAGUUUAAAAAACUCGCUAAGUAGAAAUAAUUGUAUUUAUUAUUCAAUAAAAUAAAUAUUACAUAUUUUUUUUAUGCAUUAUAUAUAACAAUAAUAAUGAGAUUGUUAUUAUUUUAAAUUUUAAAAGUAAAAGUAUAAUUGAAAAUUUGAGUUAUAAAUGUUUAUUAAUGAUAAAAUUAGUUUUCAAUUAUCAUAUCAUUAUCUAAUCACAUUAUGAAUAAUCAAAAAAUUAAGUCGAAUUAAAAAUUCAAAUGAACAAUGCACAAGAAAAAUAAAUACUUUUAGCUCCAGGUUUAUCAUCAAAUUUAUUUAUGCGUAUUUUUAAUAUUUUUAACCGUAAUUAUUAUUUUUUUUUAAUAAAAUGUUUAAGUUAUUUUCAAAUUUUUUGUUCACUUAUGAUUAUUAAGCUCCUAAAUUCCAUAAUUUUAGUCAUUUAUCCAAAUAUAAUAAUAAAAGUGGUGGUUACAUUAAAGUAUAUAUUUAUUUUAACCUUAAAAACGUUAUUAAAUUCUUAAAGUUUUAAAUUCUAUAUAUAUAGUUAUAUCAUGUAAAUUUCCAUUUUAUAAUUUAUUAAAAAAAUAAUUUUUUUUUUUGAAAUUCAAUAUUUUUCUGUUGUAAAUUAUGUGAUUUUUAUAAUUUCAAAUUAUGCAAACUUAAUUUUAAUAUUAUUAUUUCAAUUAACGUAUUCAUUGACAGACUGAAGAAAAUAAGGGUUGUGAAGAUGUAUUAACCAUAUAUUAAUGACCAUAUUAAUGAUGAACUAAAUUGUAAUUAAAUAAAAAUUUUAAUGGAAUAAAAAACUGGAAAACAAUAGUUAUUGUAAAUUAAUAUAAUUAUUUUAUUUUACAGUAGUAUGAUUUUUUAUCUUUUAUAAUCUUUCUAUAAAUUAAUAAUACAAUUUAUAUUUCAUAAUAGAAUAUCAUUCUAUUAGUAAUUUUUUAUGUGAUAUAAUAACACAUAACGAAUUACCAAUCUGAAUGAUUAAGGAUGUCAAUAUUUUAGAUUAUCAAUCAUUGAUAUUCAAUAAUUAUUGAACAUUUGUUCCUCAAUCGACUAUUGUAAAAGUGACUCAUAGAUAUUCACUUUAGAUUUGUUAUACAGAAAGUUUUAUAAAUUCGUGAUCUCUAAGGCAUAUAUUGUAAUAAAAAGGACAUCAAAUUUAUUACUAUAAAUAGGUACGAUUAUUAAAAGUAUUUAAAAAAAUUACAAAAUUCGAAACCGUAUUUUAAUUUAACGAUUAUGCUUUUUAUAUUUUAUUUUAUUAUAAACAUAACAAAUAAUUUGUCAAAUGUUUAUUUAAAAUAAGUAUUGCAUUUCCAGACCAUAUCUCUUUGUUCAAAACCAUUAUAUUAUUGAGAUAAUAUAUGUAAGAAUUUUAUUAUUCAAAUUUUACUAGUACGAAAAAAUUGUAUCUCCAGAAGCAUUUUCUAAUAAUUUUGUUUUUAAUUUACCAUUGGUCUACUUCUUUCCGAAUUUAUGUAUCACCCAAUUGUAUUAAAAUUUUGUCAAUACAUAGAAAAUGUAAUGUUAUGUUAUACAAUUUUUUUAAGUUCAUAAAUAUUAUUUUUAAUAUUCAUUGUGUAAAAUAUAACCUAAAGUAUUAUAGUCAUAGGUACAUUUUGAAAAUUUAGAGGGCUUUUGGAUAAGUUACACAAAAUAAGCCCCUUUGUAAAUUAUUUAUAAUGUAACGUUGUACCUUAGGAGAGAUUAAUUUUCAAACUAAAAUUUCUGAGUAUCCUUAAGCUCCCUAAUUGAAUUGCCUAUGAUUAAAAUUUAAAUGGUGCCAAAAUUAUUUUCUAAAUGACAAUUGAUUGAAAUUUGUUUUGUUGUCUAAGUAUAUGAUAUGUUAAUUUAUUAGUAUAUUUUAGAUUGUCUACUUCAAAAAAAAGUUAAAUAUUUACCAUGUAAUAUUAAUGUUAGAUUACCAUUGUGAAAAUUAGGCCUAAAAUUUAGUAAAUUUUAAUUAACAUUAAUAU